UGCUUUCGUAGCAUACGCUCAUUCAGCAACCUCCUCUCGCAAAAGUCAUGGCUCACGCAGACCACACUCGCGAUCCUUGUCCAUGGGUCGUCCUCUCUGAUUUCGGGAGCGCAUUCGCUAUGGGUGCGGUCGGUGGGACCAUCUGGCACGGCAUAAAAGGUGCACGGAACUCACCAAGGGGUGACCGUUUUGUCGGAGCGAUGUCCAUCAUCAAAGCUCGUGCACCGGUGACAGGCGGCAACUUCGGUGUCUGGGGUGGCAUGUUCUCUACGUUUGAUUGUGCCGUAAAGGGAUGGAGACAAAAGGAAGACAUGUGGAACGCCAUUAUCUCUGGUUUCCUGACCGGCGGUUGCCUUGCUGCUCGAAGUGGACCACGAUCUGCACUCGGAUCAGCUAUUGCCUGCGGUAUUUUGCUGAGUGUAUUUGAGGGCGUUGGUGUCCUGAUAUCACGAGUAUUUAACGAUAACACGAGGCCCCAACUACCACCAUUACCCGAGAAUAUACAACCGCAGCCUGCACACGCAUCAUGAACUCCCUUCGCUUUUCCACCCUAGCUCCUGGACCUUAGAUGUAUUAAUUCCUGCUCUUCUGCUGUCGCUGUCCACUCGCUACUCAUCUUCUAUGCUAUACCUAUUCAAUGUGUUCC